AUGCUCCAUUUCUGCAAAGCUGGUUGGUUGGGCUCCGUGGAUCCUCGUAUUGACGUGCAUGAUCGCCCCCAAAGCUAUACGGAAGUAAUAUCUGCUGAGAUAUUAGUGCUGGAUUACAGGACUGCCUUUAAGCAGCGGGUUAACUAUUCUGAUUUUAUAUACAAAUUAUCUGGGUUUGUUCUAGGUCACACGAACAUUUUCCCCAUUGGCGAGUUUGUUAACUUGACUACCAUCGAAGUUUCCACAAGAUCUGCACCACAGCAGCUGAAAAAUACGAGGUUAUCACCAAAUUUAGGAACCGUUUACCAAGAAAGCGGGGUCCGGGGCCACAUUCCAAGCCACCCGUUCAGCCACUUCUUAAUUUUGACUGCACGUGUUUAG